CCGUGCAGUGCGGCUGCGGGGAGUCAGUCAGUGGAGCUGAGCUUUGGGUGUAGGCUGGAUGGUUGGAACCGGUCAUGGAGUCUGCGUGUUAUAUCCAGUCACAUCCCUAUCAGACCAGCCUGCUGGCUGUCCCCAAGCCCGAUCCCCCUCGAGUCGGGCACCAGAGCCCCUGCAAGAUCAUCACAGACCCCCUGAGCGGCCGGAGCUACAGGAAGGGACGGCUGCUGGGCAAGGGCGGAUUUGCUCGAUGCUAUGAAAUGACGGAAGUUUCCACGAAUAAGAGCUACGCUGUGAAAGUUAUUCCACACAGCCGCGUCUCCAAACCUCACCAGCGUGAGAAGAUUGUAAAUGAAAUUGAUCUCCAUAGAGAGCUUCAUCACAAGCACGUUGUGAAGUUCUCUCACCACUUCGAGGACUCUGAAAACAUCUAUAUCUUUCUUGAACUCUGCAGCCGCAAAUCUCUUGCUCACAUCUGGAAGGCACGGCAUACUCUUCUGGAACCUGAAGUGAGGUAUUACCUCAAGCAAAUAAUUUCUGGCCUUAAGUAUCUGCAUGUGCGAGGCAUUCUUCACCGGGACCUCAAACUAGGUAACUUUUUCAUCAAUGAUAACAUGGAGUUGAAAGUUGGUGACUUUGGAUUGGCUGCCAGACUGGAGCCACCAGAUCAGAGGAAGAAAACAAUCUGUGGAACUCCAAACUACUUGGCCCCCGAAGUCCUCUACAGGCAUGGCCACGGUCCGGAAUCGGAUAUCUGGUCCCUGGGAUGUGUUAUGUAUACUUUGCUCUGCGGAACCCCUCCGUUCGAAACUUCAGAUUUGAAAGAAACCUACCGCUGCAUCAAGCAGGUGAAAUAUACCCUGCCAGCCUGUCUCUCUUCUGCGGCUAAGCAGCUCAUAGUGGCGAUCCUGAAGCGCUGCCCCAGUGAGCGUCUAACUUUGGACCAAAUCCUGGAGCAUGAGUUCUUCACAAAGAGUUACACUCCAGACAAGCUGCCACCUAGUAGUUGUGUGAUGGUCCCAGAACUGCAUCCACCAAACCCUGCCAAGAGCCUCUUCACCAAAGUUGCUAAGAGUUUGUUUGGCAAAAGCAAAUCCAAAGCUAAGAAAGGAGCCUCUGUGGAGAAGGAAGAAAUCUCUAAGCUGGUGACUGGUCUGAUGAAAACGUCCAUCUGCCGACAGCUGAGCUAUAAAACAGUGGAUGGCAAUGAGGUUGCCCCAGUUGCUGGCCAUGUCCUAAGUGGUACUUACAGCCCUGUAGAAACUCUAACAGAAGAGGCUUCUGGGAAGUCUGUCUCUCAGUCAAUCCGUGGGAGCCUGGUUAGCAGUGAUGCUUUGGAAGACUGCAUUACUGCAUCGGGCGUUAUGGAAACUGCUCUCGAAGUCAUCAAAGACUGUUUGUCCUCCAUGCCGACAGGUGAGGGGAAGGCAACACCUCUCUCCAGACAUGAUAAUUUUGUUUGGGUGAGCAAAUGGGUGGAUUACUCAAACAAGUAUGGGUUUGGCUACCAGCUGUCCAACCGCUGCAUCGGGGUCCUCUUCAAUAAUGGCACACACAUGGUGCUACCGGCAAACCGCAGGAACGUCCAUUAUAAUCUGACAAACAGCCGCCACUUUGUGUUCCCUGUUACGGCGGUGCCAGAGCAGCUCCAGGGCCAAAUGAACGUCCUGCAGUACUUUGCUACAUACAUGGAGAAAAACCUUAUGAAGGGUGGGGAUCUCCCAUGUCACGAUGAGGGGAGCCAGCCCCUCUUGCUGCUCCUGCAGUGGGUGAAAACAGAACAUGCUCUGCUGAUGCUCUUCAACAAUGGAACCCUUCAGGUGAAUUUUUACAACGAUCACACUAAGCUCAUUCUCAGCAAACCUCAGGACGUCUACCUGGUCACUUACAUUAACCGGGACCGUAACUCCCAGACGUUCCUGCUCAACUCCUUGCAGCAAAGCGGCUGCAGCUCUGAUAUGUUCCACCGCUUAAAAUAUACUUUGAAACUCCUCCAGCAGAAAGCAGAGUCUUAAACGUCAUCCUUGCAGUGCGUCCUCCAUGUGUGAUGCCAGUGACUGAUAAGGGGGCACUUUACCAUCUAGCGGACUGGACACUUCUGCUGGGGAUACAAGGCAGUGGUCUGUGCUCUUGUCUGGAUAAUUAACUUGGAAUUAUGUUAUAAGGAGAGGCCUGUGCCUGGUUACAGGUCCGUCACUCCUAUUAUACAAUCCAGUGGCUCAUGUGAGCAUUUUGGUGCUUGAAACCUGAACCUACCAAUUGUAGCGGAACACUUUAAUCUACUAAUCACCUACUAGCGAACUGUAUCUUCACCUGGUAAACACUGGUGCCACGUGUAAGGUGCUUCUUACCACUAUCUGGGUUAUGGGAUGAACACAUCUGGGACAGCUGCUCCGCUUUGACUGUUCUGUGUCUGGCAUGUUCCAAAAAGGAAUAUCAACCCACUGACAUUGAUACAGCCUUGUUAAUAGGCUUAAGCCGAUCAUUGGUCUGAGGCAGCUCAGUGGCAGGAUUAAUCCUGUCGCGUUCAUCUAAACUUCAGCUGAGCUAUUGCCAUGCUGCCUCUACCUUCUCUGUAGGUCUUAUGUCAUUGUGGUUGUUUAACGUGUGCCCCCUCCCCCAUUCAUCAGAGCCUGUGACCGUUGCACAAUGGAACCAGCUGCUGGGGGCUGCCCCUCUUUGAAACAUUCCAAAGUUUAUUGGGCGACUCUUCCCAGCAGCUGCUCCUGUGUGAUCAGUAGGACUUGGCUCUCCCCCCUCCUUGUUUUGUGCAAUGUUUUGCUGUAUGUGUAUUCAAUAAGGAUGUUGCCUGCAAAAGAUUGCCUUACAUCUGCAGCAGAUAACCGGCUGUUCAUGAGACUGUAUGUGAACAUAUACAAUAGUCUUCUGGUUCUCAGUCUGAACUAAGUCCUGCACUGUGGUGGUAGUUUAACAAUGGCUGGAGUCACAGGAAGCCAUCAUCUGAUUGGAGGAUCACUGUUCCCCUUGUCUCUGUACCUUUUUUGGCUGGUGCAGUACAGUGGUUUUUUUUUUGUUUGUUUGUUUGUUUUUUGUUUGAUUAUGGUCUGUACCGGCCAAAAAGGGCUUUGUACUGUGUUUUGGCAUCUCCCAAUCCUAUUCCUUCCUAUGGGAGAUCGCAGGACCACACCCCCUUUACUAGUGGCCACACCCACUUUACAAAUUUGUACUGGUUGUUGGCACGGCAGUGUUGGAGGGUAUGCAUCUUGGAGAGGUGACUGGACGUGAGUCGUAACUAGUCUUUAGUCUGCUCAAAUGCCCUUUUAUCAGUCUUACAUAUGUUUACCCACCCACUAUCGCACUAAGUUACUACCAAAGGUAUACUUUAUUUCAGAGCUUGCUGUUCUAGGCAAUCUCCAUAGUCAUUUGUCUUCUCACCAAAAAUGUAACACCUUUUUUAGUUUGCUUUAAUGUAUCUGACAUCCUUUACCAAAGACCCUUCAGAGGAUUUAAUUUGUGAAUCCCAAGCACCAUUGUAUAACCUUUAAAUGGUGCUGAAAUCAUAACGGCACUUUAAGUUAUCACACCCCCACCACCCCUAAUGUGUGUUUUCAAAACGCUACAUAUCGAGGGGUCGGAAAAUCUGUCUAAUUGCCAGUAGAUGUCUCGCACCUUUCCAUUUUUGUUGAAAUGUCUGCUAGUUUCAGGUUAAUUUUCCUGGUACUGACCCCACUAGACUUCUGUGGGGGCUAAUAAAACUGUUUUGUGUUUAAUUUCAAUGUCUAA